AUGCCCAAAGGCGGCGUCGCCCCCUUUGCGACCUUCCUCAUCGUAGGACGUGAGUCUCCAACCCCCUCUCCAAGACUACCGCCCUCCGAAUCUCCCACUAAUAACCGUCUCCAUCCCAACAGCAACCUGUUUCUUCCUCGGCAUCCUCUUCGCCCUCUUCCCCUACGACUACAAUGUCCUCUGGACCAUCCCCUCCGCCCCCGCAUCCGACCCGACCAACCCCAAUCCCCGCGACAUCUACUUCGCCCUGCAGGAGAACCACCUCAAAUUCCUCCACGCCUCUCCCCCGCUCAUCUCCCGCAUCCUGCACAUCGUCAUCGGCGUCGGCAUCUUGGGAUUCAUGAUGAAGCUCUACAAACCCUCCGAGGCAAACCUCCUCUUCGACGGCGCGAGCUUGGUGCUCUACAUGUGCGGGAUCACGGUGUACAUUGCGAAUAUUGUCAAGGGCUUGAGGACUGUGACCGCGGGUGCGUAUGGGGGCCAGCAGCUGGAGGGAGGGGAGACGUUGGUCGAUAAGACUCUGGAAGGGACGGAGAAUGAUUACAUCGGGCGAGAGGAUUCUCUGAGGGUGUUGGCGGCGUCGAAUACGAUUCUGGCGCUGGUGUUGGUGGGUGUGCUGGUGUUGCAGGCCGGGCAGUGGUACGCACAGCGGAAAGAAGCGGAGGAAUUGGAGCACAUGGACAAGGUGAGGGACGAGAAGAAGCACGCAAAAGCUGCUGCGGGUGGAAAGGAAGGCAAGAAGAAGCAAUAG